AUGGAAAUAACCACACGCCAGAUUGCUGAAAACUUGCGACUGCGAGUUGAAGAAGUUUUGAAGUUGUAUGAUUCCGGUGUGGUGCAUAUUUAUUCGUGUACUACGGACAAUGGCAAGAAUAUGCUAAAAUGUGUACGGGAAUUGAACAAGUCUCAGCACAUGGCUCUCGAUUCGGAAACUGAGUUAAGCUAUGAAGACAUGUUCAACAAUGAAGAAGAGAAACACGAUGAAUAUAUUGCCAACGAUGAAACAGCACAGGUAGAUCAAGAAGUGGAUGAGAUGUUAGAGGCGGUAGAAAGCAUUUUUCUGCAUGGUAACGAAUCUUGUAUUGCUACUCUGAAAUGUGCCGCGCAUACAAUCAACUUGGUGGUGAAGGACGUGAUUAAUGGAGAGGAAAAAAUAGUGAAAUUCUGUCGGAAAACCGAAUAUAAACCAUUUUUCGAUUUGGCAAAAGUACCACUUCCGAAAAUUGACGUCGAAACCAGAUGGGGUUCUAUGUACGAGAUGGUUGCAUGCCUAUAUGCCCAAAGUACUUUUUAUAAAGAUUUGGGCUGCAAAUUUGAUGAACUCCGGCUUACAGAGGACGACUGGGAUUACGUCAUAGAAUUUUCAUGUGCAUUUGAACCUGUGUAUGGUCUAACAAAGAAUCUACAAUCGGAUGACUUAAUUUUGGGUGACGUGUAUAAGUUUGUGAAGAUGUGUCAGCUGAAACUAAAACAAGUCCCACCGGGCAACAGGUUUUCCGAAAAAAUUGUUCAUGCAUUAACCACUCGAGCAACAGUAAUGAUGGAUAAUAACGCAUUCCGGGCCGCGUUACUAUUCGAUCAACGCUGGUGUUUCAUUGACUCUCCGUAUGUUACGACAGACGACAAGCUUGCUGCAAUUGAACACAUUCUUAAAGUAAGCAAUAUUUUAACAACAUUUAAUACCAGUCCAUCCGAUGAACAGCAACCGGGAACAUCGAAUCAAGAUUCCAAAAACCCAACCGAAGACGAUUUGGAGGCUUUACUCGAGGAAGAGUGCCAGCAAGCAUCUACUUAUAUGUUGAGCCCUUCUCAAGUUGAUCUUAAGCUGAGGCUUUUGGAUUUGGCAAACACAAAAAGUCGACUUCCAGUCAACACAGAUAUUGUGAAAUAUUGGGAAUCUCGACGCUAUGAAGAUCCACAAUUGUAUGCACUUUCAACGAUUGCAUUGUCCGCAUCAGCUACGCAGGUCUCAGUUGAGCGGUGCUUCUCGGCAAUCAAGCUAUUGCUGGAGCAACAUCGGCUGCGAAUGUCCCCACAAAUGCUUAAUGAUUUGAUGACCAUUCGGUUCAGUCGUGAUUUGCUGCCUGCUGCCAUUAACAAAUUCCAAAAAACUGUAUAA